UGGCAAAAGUGCCGAGGCAGGGGCCUGGCCCUGGCUUGUCAGCAUCCAAGAUCCCUCGGUUUCAGGCACGGGGCAUCUGUGCGGAGGGUCCCUCAUCAGUGCAAAGUGGGUCCUCACGGCAGCCCACUGCUUUGCCGAGUCCAGGUAAGCAGGAAACAGGGAUGUCCCCACAACAUCGGCAGGUGCCCUGUCAGCAAGUGCCGUACGCUUCUCCCAUCUCAUUUCUUUGCAGCGUGCCCAGUGCCUGGGCAACGCAAUGCCCAGCUGAAAAAUUGCUCAGGAGAAGGCUGGGCGCAUGCCACUACUUCCUAGCAGCCUCCAGCUGGCACUCCCAGAGCCUGAGGCGUGCUAGAGCAGUCACCGCCUCCAUAGUGCCGCUUUCCUCUCUGCCUUGAGAAGCAGAAGGCUGGUCACUGCUGGGCCACUGUUGGGCAGAAGGCUGGUCCCUGCUGGGCUGCCACAGCUCCAGGCUCUGCUCCCUCUCACCCUUCUCUCCACGUGCCUUCAGGAACAUCAGCGCCAUGCGCCUGCUGAUCGGGGCCACCCAGCUGACCGAGCCGGGCCCUGGGGCCCAGGUGCGCCUGAUUAAGCGGCUGCUGGUUCACAAGGAAUACGGUCCUGCCGACCAGAGCAACGACAUCGCGCUGCUGGAACUGAACGAGCCUGUCCAGUGCAGCUCCUACAUCCAGCUGGCGUGUGUGCCCAACGCCACGGUGAACGUGGCACUGCUGGAAACCUGCUACGUCGCUGGCUGGGGUGCCACUACUGCGAGAUCUCAGAAAUCAAGUGAUGUCCUGCAGGAGGCCAAGGUCCACCUUAUCAAUGUCCAGGUCUGCAACAGCAGUGAGUGGUACCAGGGGGAUGUCCAUAGCCACAACUUGUGUGCUGGCUACCCGGAGGGUGGCAUCGACACCUGCCAGGGUGACAGCGGGGGUCCACUCAUGUGCAAAGACAACAAUGCUGACUUCUUCUGGGUUGUCGGAGUGACCAGCUGGGGAAGAGGCUGUGCCAGAGCAAAACGGCCUGGAAUAUACACUUCUGUUCAGCACUUCUAUGACUGGAUUCUGCUCCAGAUGGAACUGCUUCCACAAGUAGAGGCUUCUCGGGCAUGGGGUCAUUAUACAACCGCCCCACCAGCACCAGCCUGGACUCAUACAAAUGCCCCAUGGCCCACUCAGAAGCCAUGGCCGAGACCACCUCCCACCCAGAACCCAUGGCCAAGACCACCUCCCACUUAUAAUCCAUGGCCAACAACACAGCCGGCUCCAAAGCCAUGGCCAACAACACAGCCGGCUCCAAAGCCAUGGCAAACAACACAGCCGGCUCCAAAGCCAUGGCAAACAACACAGCCGGCUCCAAAGCCAUGGCAAACAACACAGCCGGCUCCAAAGCCAUGGCAAACAACACAGCCGGCUCCAAAGCCAUGGCAAACAACACAGCCGGCUCCAAAGCCAUGGCAAACAACACAGCCGGCUCCAAAGCCAUGGCAAACAACACAGCCGGCUCCAAAGCCAUGGCAAACAACACAGCCGGCUCCAAAGCCAUGGCAAACAACACGGCCCCCUCCAAAGCCAUGGCCAACAACACUGCCCCCUCCGAAGCCAUGGCCAACAACACUGCCCCCUCCGAAGCCAUGGCCAACAACACUGCCCCCUCCAAAGCCAUGGCCAACAACACUGCCGGCUCCAAAGCCAUGGCAAACAACACAGCCGGCUCCAAAGCCAUGGCCAACAGCACUGCCCCCUCCGAAACCAUGGCCAACAGCACUGCCCCCUCCGAAGCCAUGGCCAACAACACUGCCCCCUCCGAAGCCAUGGCCAACAACACUGCCCCCUCCGAAGCCAUGGCCAACAACACUGCCCCCUCCGAAGCCAUGGCCAACAACACUGCCCCCUCCGAAGCCAUGGCCAACAACACUGCCCCCUCCAAAGCCAUGGCCAACAACACUGCCUGCUCCGAAGCCAUGGCCACAACCAACCCCCACUCCGAAGCCAAGUUCGAUACCCACACCAGUGGAAGAGAUUAAGACCUGCCCAUUUCCACUCAAUAAGCUGAUGGAAUUCUUCACUCAGAUGCAGGAGCUCCUGAAGAACCUACGAGGAAUUCCAGUUUGAGCAGGAGAAUGGACAGGAUCCAGUGCAGGUUGCAUGGGACCGUGACUGUUUCCUGCUGAGGCAACGCCUGCUGAUCCAAAGGCCGCCUCAGUGCCGAAGGCCUGCUCUGUCCUGCCCACGUUGCUCCUCUACAUGUAUGCAAGUGCUAGCAUUGACUUAGUUGCUGAAAUAAAGUUGCCUGUGUUUGUGGUUAACCAUGCUUUCAGUCCAGUUUGGUCUCCUGGGCAAGGCAAGGAGUUCAUUGCCCAGGACCUGCAAAAUGAGGCUGCCUCAGACCAUUUGGGCACAAAGGGAGUCACUCUAAAGGGCUGGAACUGUGUCUGGUCAGACAGAAGAGUGCUCAGAACCACCACAGGAUGGAGAAGACUGGCACAUCAAGGCUAGGAAGAGGACAGGAGGAGACAAUGCCAUAUGCAGACACUUUGGGGACGGACACAUUGAGGCACACAAGCUGGUGACUAGGACUUGGCAAAAGCCUGAGCUAAUGGAGCAGACCUGGGAAGCUCCUGAAAAAUUUCUGACUGUUACAAAGACAGGGAGAAGAUGAAAGGAGCUACAGCGCCCUAAGGAAGAGCAAGAUUUCAGAGGUAGCAAAGGGAAAUUGAUGUUGGAGGCGGCCACAAUUCAGAGAUGUGGGUCAUUCUGGGGAGGAGAACCUGGCAGGAGCAGAAGGACCCAGGAAACUGCAUCUGUACUGCCAUGGAAGGUCAAGGUGAGCUAGUUAACAGCACCUACAACACCAAGUCUGUUCACAGGUGGGACACACCUUGGAUUGAGGGGGAAAAGAUAGCAGGGAGGAGAGAAGGUCAGAGAGGAGUCAAGGAAGAUGAGGGGGAUGUGUAAGCAUGGCAGAUAGGGAGAAAUGAGGAUCAAGGAGCCAGUCUCACAGACACAAGCUGCAUCCUUGGUCUCACAUUCCAGGAGCCACAACUGCCCUUGUCAGCGUGGGCCCAGAACAGCACUAGUCCUUGUAGACAGCAAGGCCAGGGAGCCUCCCAGAGGGUGUUGCUGUGGCUGACGUGGCCAGCAUGGACUGUGCCACAUCCCUGUUUCCAGCGCUUUGCACAGGAAGGAUGACAGUGCCUGGGUAUCUCUGGCGGAUGUGACUGGUGCUGCACUGCUCGCCUGCCGUGGCUGUAACCAGACUGGACACAUGCAUGGUCUCUGCAGGAGCCAUGUGCUCUGGGGGUGGUUUUGGGAAGGAGCUUCUGGCAAGCAGCUGCAGAGAGAGGGGUGGCAGUGGACCUCCCAAAGAGACCCUGAUGCCACACAGGGUGUUUUCCUGCAAGCUGUUAACAGGAAGUUCUGGAAGCCACUCCAAAAAGAGGGGCUAAAAUAAAGCUGGAGAAGGACUCUUUUACAAGGGCAAGUAGUAAUAGGACAAGGAGGAAUGGCUUUAAAGUGAAGGUAAGUUUAGAAUAGAUAUUAGGAAGAAAUUCUUCUCAACCAGAGGGACUUCAUGGCUUCAAAGCCACAGUCAAAGCAAAUGUCACAACCAUCUCCUCCUCAGAGAUGGAAAAAGCCUGUCACAGUCAUUACCGUGACACGAGCACCUACCAGCAGCUUCCAACUGCUCAUUCAAAUGCCAAGUGACAGGCAGAUGUUUCUAGGAAGAAAUACAGCCCUCUCAGAGCCUUGGGUUGCAUCACCCACCAGGACAGCAUUGCCUCAGCCUUCUCUGGCCAGAGCUGUGACCCGCUGGAGUCACUUGAGCUCAGCCGGGCUCAGCUCUGACCAUGGGGCCCAGACAGACCACGUGGCACUGCUGGAACUGGAGAGAGGUUUGCUUCUUCUUGUCACAAAUGUCUUCCUUAGCAGGAAGCUGUCAGGAGAAGGGGACAUAGGACAACUUACACCCUGCUUAUUGUUUUCCCAGCAGCGUUUGUGUAGUGGAUUUCUAGAAGAAAAAAUCCCCACAAACUGCAGUUGGGAAUUUGAAAUAGCACUGGGGACAACGGUGUAUGCUCUCUAGUGGCUUGAUAACUGAGAUAGAGUAUAAACCAUUUAAGCUGAACUGUCACUGGAAGGGAAGGAUUACAAACCCUCCCCCGCCCGAGCGCUCCCCACCGCGCCGGGACCCGCCCGGGCAGCGGGGCCGCCAUCGCCGCGACAACGCUGCCCCCUGGCGGCGGCCGGCGGGAGCGCGGCGCGGCCCCGGGGAAUGCCUGGGGAUGGACCCCGCGGCCCCGUGGGCCCGUGCGGAUCCGCUCGGGAAGGCGGGUACUGCACGGUUCCUGCCGCGAGCCGCGCGGGCAGACACCGCUGCAGGCAGCCCUGCCUCUGACACGUCGCGUCGGUGCUGCCUUAGACACUGGUAAUUACUGGUGACACCUCACUUCGACUGGGUUAAAUAUUUUCCCACUCCGGGCCGUGUGUUUGCACAGGAAGGAUCAGCGAGUCACGUCUGCUGCCGUUCCCUCCGCACCAGCUGCCCGAUGUCCUUGGUACCUGGCCGUCAGUUCUUAAUGUACAUCAACAUGCACUGAUAUACAGCCAGGCUGAUCUUUGACUCACCUUUGGAACAGCAACACAUUUUCUCAACAACAAAUUAUACUUUGACAUUAGAAGGUGGCAAUCUGUAAUGGAUAUUGCAAUCUGAAGAUUGAAAGAGACUAUCUGUGAUCUUUGUCCUCAGCCGAGCAAGCUGGAGUCUCUCUUCCCUCCUACACAUUAUUUGAUUGUGGGACAUAACCUUGGGAUGUACUAAUAAUCAUUAGUCAGAGCUGAUGUUUCCGUUACGGGCCUGCCCUGCUCGGGAAGGGAGAUGUUCUCUAGAACAGUAGUAAAUCAGCAAAACAUGCACAUAAAUAUACAGCAAAAUGUGGUUUGAGACACGGUCCUUCAUACGUCAUGUAGCAAAAUGUUGAGAGAGUCACACACACACUAAAGAGGAAGGAGGGCUGCUGAGACAAGACCUGUGGAGGAGAAGCAGUUCUGCAGGAGGAAGGGACUGGGAGAGAUCUCUGAACAGCUCCUGGUCCAGGGGAAGUUGUGACUCCCCAAGUCCUUCUCUGCCCUCUCCUAGCCUUGGACAAGCUGGCAGGAGAGAGAAGGGAAGGCAAAGGAAGGAAGGGAGGCCAGUGGAGCCGUCCAGACACAAUGAGCCUUAAGGGCCUGGCAGGGGCAGUGAAAGGAUCCAGCUUGCCAGGAGAAGCGAGAGGUCUGUUCUGUUGUUCCCCAGAUUUGCAGGUCAGGCUGCUACUUUGUCAUUUGUUUUUGCUGCUAAGCAGCUGUCUUUUUGGAGCCGAAUGUGGCAGAAAGUUUUAGAGCUUCUCCUUUGCUUGUUGCUUUUUUUACAGGCAUUUGUCAUUAGUAUUUAAAUCUGAGUGAAUAAAUAACACAUGUAUGUGCUGAA